UAGGUAAAUUUAGUUGUUGCGCGUGCAGUGCCCGUUUAGAAGAGGUUGAUCGAAGUAGAGCAUUUAACAAAAUGGCGUGGAGUUUGUCGUUUGUCCUUAUCGCAGCAUGCGCCCUGCUGGUUAGUGGCGUUAGUGCUGCACCAUCGAAAACGGCUGUGAAACCACGCAGCCAGGAGCUGCGCGAUGCGAUUGAGGAGUAUCGAGUCCGGUUCGAUGAGCUGCACAAGGAAAAGGAUCAGUUCCUGCAGUUUGCCCGUACCGGGCUUUGGGCUACGGUGCGUGCGAUGAACGAAGAGGUGCUGCAGGAUAUGGGCGAAACGCGCAACAUCGUGGAGUACGGUUUCGACGAUGUGCGUCUAGACAUUAGUCUGCUGAUCGUGGAGGGCAACCACAACGAGCAGUGCCUGCUGGAUCUGGUGUACGAAAUCGUGGAGGAGAAGGUACAGCUGGGCCAGGAAAUCAGUCGCUGUGCGGACGAUACGACCGAUGCUAAGGACUCACUGCCGGAGUCGUUCUACGAGUUCCUGAAUCUGCUGCAGCGUCUGUCGAACUCGAUCGCCGAAACGACGCUGUACACGUUCGUGAGCCAAAACUCGGUGAACGAUCCGGAGCGUCAUCUCGAGUUUCUGGAGGAAGCGUUCGAGGAAACGGACCGUGCCUGGAACGAGGAAGCGUUGCCGCUGGUGCAGUUCGAGCUGGACGCCAUGGAGUACAACCGCCCGCUGAUUGUGGCCGACAGCGCACAGUGUCUGCAGGCAAUCAACGACAGGCAGCAGGCAUUCGAGGACUCGAUCCGCGAGCGUAUCCCAUCGUGCUUGUAAACAAGCUACGGGGGAAGAGUGCACUCAUUAUUAAGAAAUAAUACAUACAAAUACAUACUACCAUUGUGGGAAACGUUCCCUUUCAAAU